GAUAUUCCUCUCUUCUUUUCCAUCUUCCAUAUACAUCUACUAUGGCUUCGCAAUCUGGUCGUGUUCUUCUGGCUUACUCUGGAGGGCUGGAUACAUCUUGCAUCCUAGCAUGGUUGAUCGAGCAGGGAUAUGAGGUCUACGCCUUCAUGGCUGAUGUUGGUCAAGAAGAGGACUUUGAGGCAGCCCGGGUUAAAGCCCUUGCUGUGGGCGCCAAAAAAUUCUUCCUCGAGGACUUGAAGCGUGAAUUUGUAACCGACUUGAUCUACCCUGCCGUUCAGGCCAACUGUAUUUACGAAAACGUGUAUCUUCUCGGCACUUCUCUUGCACGACCUGUUAUUGCUCGCGGAAUGAUUGCAAUUGCCGAUCAGGAGGGAUGCGACUUUGUGGCACACGGAUGCACAGGAAAAGGAAACGACCAAGUCCGCUUUGAACUCGCAUUUUAUGGUCUGAAACCAGACAUCAAGGUCAUUGCCCCUUGGAGGAUUCCAGAGUUCUACCACCGUUUCGCCGGACGGCAAGCUCUCCUUGCCUACGCCGCACAAAAUCAGAUUCCUGUUCAGCAAACUGCGGCCAAGCCAUGGUCGACUGAUGAGAAUCUCUUCCACAUCUCCUACGAGGCCGGAAUUCUCGAGGACCCCAACACCACACCACCCACAGACAUGUGGAAACUUACUCAAUCCUUGGAGGACGCCCCUGCAACCCCUGAAAAAAUUUCUAUUGAGUUCAAGGCUGGCUUACCAGUCAAGGUUGUUACAUCGGAUCAAAAAACUAUCACAGAUCCUGUGGACAUCUUCCUUACACUCAACACACUCGGCAGGAAACACGGUAUUGGUCGUAUCGAUAUUGUUGAAAAUCGGUUCAUCGGUGUGAAGUCCCGUGGAUGCUACGAGUCUCCUGGGGCAACCAUCUUGCGUGUAGCCCACAUGGAUAUCGAGGGGCUUACCCUGGACAGAAAUGUACGCGCGCUGCGUGACCAAUUCGUCACUGUUGAAUUCAGCAGGAUCUUGUACAAUGGCCACUUUUUCACUCCUGAAAGGGAAUUUGUAACAAGUGCCAUCCCCGCUAGCCAGAGGACAGUAAACGGCGUCGUUAGACUCAAGCUCUACAAAGGCAACGUGGUUGUUGAGGGACGCUACUCGGAUGAGGGGCUCUAUGAUGAGCGUCAAUCAUCUAUGGAUGAACUUGGUGGAUUCGAACCUACAGAUACCACCGGUUUUAUCCAAAUCGAGAGCAUCCGGAUCAAACAGUGGGCUCAGGCUAACAUCCGAAAAGGCCAAGCUGGCGUGCAACCUCAAGAUGUUUAUGGUACUCGCGUCUAGUGGGCCCUGUCUAUCAUCCCGCCGCGCAAAGGAACGUCACAAAAGUGCUGCAUCUGUAUCACAUCUGUAUCCACUGCUUGUUUAUCAGCCGUCUUGUACUCUUUUUGUUGUUGUAGUUCCCGUCAUAUACCACGGAUGGCUCACAAAAUAUAUUUGCUUUUAGAUCUU